AUGACACGCCGCGACCCAAGCACGGCAUCCAACUAUGAUGCCUGGAGGACGAAGCAUACCACGGCCACCUUUAGAAUUGACUUCAAAGACCAGUGUCUACGAGGCUCGGUGUCCCUAGAACUAGAGUCCCAAACGGAGAAAGAAAGCAAGGAGAUCGUUUUGGAUUCCAGCUUCGUUGCCGUAUCAUCAAUCAAGGUUGACUCGGUCGAUUCGAAAUGGGAGGUAAAGGAUCGUGCAGAGCCCCUGGGUUCUCCCGUCCACAUCUCUAUACCAUCCGGAGUGAGCAAGGGGGCCACUAUCAAGGUGGAUAUUGAGCUCGAGACCACGAACAAGUGUACAGCGUUACAGUGGCUCACACCGGCCCAAACAUCAAACAAGAAAGCUCCUUUCAUGUUCUCUCAGGCGCAGGCCAUUCAUGCCCGCUCCCUCUUUCCCUGCCAGGACACUCCGGAUGUCAAGUCUACAUACUCCUUCCGCAUCACAUCUCCGUACGUGGUCGUCGCCAGUGGUGUCUCGAGCGGCGAGCCUGAACAGCAGGGAGAAGAGAAACUCUACUCCUUCGAGCAGAAAGUGCCCAUUCCAUCCUACCUGUUUGCUCUCGCAUCAGGUGAUUUGGCAUUUGCACGAAUUGGACCGAAUUCCGUUGUCGCAACCGGACCGGAUGAGGUGAAAGCUUGCCAAUGGGAAUUGGAGAGGGAUAUGGGCAAGUUCCUAGAUGUCGCUGAAAACAUCAUCUUCCCUUAUAAAUGGGGCGAGUACAAUGUGCUCGUACUACCCCCAAGCUUUCCAUAUGGAGGGAUGGAAAACCCCAUCUUCACUUUCGCAACUCCUACAAUCAUUUCCGGAGACCGUGAAAAUGUUGAUGUCAUCGCCCAUGAGCUGAGCCACAGCUGGAGCGGAAACCUGGUGACAAGUGGUAGUUGGGAGCAUUACUGGCUGAACGAAGGAUGGACCAUGUAUCUAGAGCGACGGAUUAUCGCAGCUGUUCAUGGAGAUGCUCACUUCGACUUUUCAGCCGUUAUUGGCUGGAAGCAUCUUGAGGAUGCCGUGAAGGAAUAUGGUGCAGACCACAGGUUCACUCAGCUGCUGAUUGAUCAUACGGGAAUAGACCCCGAUGAUGCCUUUAGCACCAUUCCGUACGAAAAGGGGUUUCAUAUGGUCUGGUACCUAGACCGGCUUGUUGGACGAGAAAAUUUCAACAAGUUCAUCCCUCAUUACUUCACAAAGUUCACAAACAAGUCUCUUGACUCAUACGAGUUCAAAGACACGUUUCUGAGCUUCUUCAGUGGACCCGAAUAUGCAGCUUUGAAGGAGAAAAUUGAUGGCAUUGAUUGGGACGCCCGAUUUUAUGGCCGCGGUCUCCCACCGAAGCCUGAGUUUGACACUAGUCUGAUAGAUAUUUGCUACAAGCUAGCAGAGCAAUGGAAGGAUAAGAGCUUUGUCCCUAAAUCUGGGGAUGUUGAGGGCUGGAGUGCCAAUCAGAAGCUCGUUUUACUUGGUGAAAUUCAGGACUUUGAUGAGCCACUCACCGUAGAACAAGCUCGUCAACUUGGGGAGAUAUAUGGCUUGUUUUCUACGCAAAAUGUGGAGCUGAAAUCGGCAUACUAUCAGAUUACCCUCAGAUCCAAGGACGAGAGCACCUACCAAGGCGUAGCGGACCUGCUAGGCUCGGUAGGACGGAUGAAGUUUGUCAGACCUCUCUUCAGGGGCCUAAACAAGGUCGACAGGCCGCUGGCUCUUAAGACAUUCGAGAAGAAUAAGGACUUUUACCAUCCAAUCUGCUUUGCUAUGGUGGAGAAGGACCUUGGACUCUCAAAGGACGCUAAGAAGGCGUAA